GUUUGUUGCAAUUUGAUAAACUGUAAUUGUAUUUGGGAAUAUACACUACUAAAGUACAAUAUUAACUGACAUGUUAAGGUCCUGCUUUAUUAUCUGAUCUUGAGGCCUUGUCUUGAGGAGGGUCCAUGUAUGAAAAUCUAGUUUUAAGACCAUCAUUUCAGCUGAUCUGUGCAUACAUGGGGCACAUUCUAAAAAAAAAAUGUUUUGUUUAAAUUACCACACAGUAAACCUGGGACCAUGUAAUGUUCCAGCACAGGAAUACUGUACACAAUGCACAGAGAAUGAAAAGACAGGGGUUAACAGGGGCCCAGCAGCUAAUUUUCACCCCCAAAGCCCUCAAGUUAAUAUGGCCAUGCAAACUACAGACAGGAGCUCAUGUCACCAUAUUAACUGUACAACACUGGUUAAGACUUGUGGCAUACUGUAUCAUCAUAUCAUAUCAUUACAGAGACCCUGAAAUCCUUUUAUCUUGUGCACACAAUGGCUCUUAUGCACACAUGGCAUGAUCUUGUGUGCACAAGAUAAUGUUUUUAUGCAAGAUAUUGCUCUUGUGUGCACAAGUUAUCUUGUUCACACACGAUCCAUAUCUCGUAUGAAAAUGCUUUAAUUCGUCAGUAACUUCAUUUACAAGAGAGCAGUCAUACACUCUAUGGAAAUCUUGAAGAACUAAGUUUAAGCAAGCAAGCAAUCAAUCAGUUUAUUUAUAUAGCAGCUUUCACAGCCACCAGACGCAGAGUGCUUCACAGUCAAAUAAAUAAAAUCACAUUAAAUCAAAUAUGUAAGACACUCCAUUAAUUUUUCAUCUAGUUCUGAAUGUCCAUGACUUCAAAACAGGGUAACCUUGUUGAAAAAAAACCCUCAGACAUUUAAGGCCUAAUAUAAAAGAGAAUGUGAAGCAUCAAACUACUGGAACAGCCAUCAAACCAUACGGAAAUUAUAAAUACACUCAUCAUAAAGAUUAUGCAGCCUGCUGGAAAUGUAGGGGAGAUGACGGUAUGCUGGUACAUGCACUGUGGUCCCACAACGUUAGAGCUGCGUUCUGUCCAAAACUUUAUAUUAAAGGAAGUAAGUUUUACCUUUUUUUCUGCAAUAAUUGAAGGUCUGGACCCAGAUAGAAAUAAUGAUUGUAUGGCAAAUUAUCAGAAACUGGAGAGCCUCUUUUUUGAGGACUGGGUGACAGAGAUAGACAAAGUUGCUGCAUAUAAAAGAAUGUCAUAUAGGAUCUGUAACAGGAAUGAAAAAUAUUUCCUUAAGAAGUGCAUGUAUAUUUAUUUUAGAAAUACGUGAAGGAUGAGGUGGAAGCACAGUGAUGACAGUGAUUUCCACGUGGGAGUUAUUUUUUUGUAUUUCGUCUAAGAAGUGUAUUUUGUUUUUCUUUUUAUCUUAAUUUCUGAGACAGCCUUUUUGUAAUGUGGUUGACUGCUCUUAACUGCAAGAUAUAAAUACACUCAUCAUAUCUUAUUAUACUGCAGUGAGCGGGUGAUAAAAGUAGACUGUAUGCAUAACCUUGUAUAAUGCUAUGGUUUCCUGUCCCUCUCUUAACUUUUUCACCUACAGUACACAGAAACAGGAAAUCAGGAGGCCUGAGCAAAGAGCAGCAUGAUACUCACUGUAUUCUGACGAGCUGCACUGAGAGGAGCUGCACAAAAAAAGUACGGCAACAAAACAGAUUUUAUCUCAAGAGUUUUCAACACGCAAGUGCAGCCUUCUACAUUUGGAGAUCACGCUAGCAACUUGUUACAGAAAAGAGCCUGCAGCGUUUAUGAGAAUCAACCUACGCCGUCUGACUUUCACUUGACUACACUGAAAAAACCCUUCAACCUGCAAUGAUGAACGUGACAGCCGACAACUGCAGUACCCCUUCAGCCGAGUACCAGUACUACUUUUUCCCAGCGGUCUACAGCCUUGCUUUAGUUGUAGGUCUACCAGGAAAUCUGGCAGCCCUCUUUGUCUUCACCUUCAGGACUAUUCCCCGCACAGCCUUCAGUGUGUACAUCAGCAAUCUGGCUCUAGCAGACAUCGUCAUCCUCUGCACUCUACCCUUUAAGAUCCACUACCACAUCAACGGAAACAACUGGGUGUUUGGGGACAUCGCCUGCCGCGUCACCGGGAUUCUGUUCUUCGCCAACAUCUACAUGAGCAUCUGUUUUAUGACUUGCAUCUGUGUGGAUCGCUACAUUGCCACUGUACAUCCGCACACCUAUUUGAGGCUGUGGAGCUCCUGGUGCUCCCUGGUUGUGAGUGUGGUGCUCUGGUGUGUAGCUGGAGUAGCUAUGCUGGUCUUUAUCCUCAUGGGACCUCUGGAAACCAAUGCAGACGAAUCUGGAAGAGACAUGUGCUUCGAGAAUUUUGCCAAGGCUGAGUGGAGCUCGCGUUUGGCGGCGUACAGCCUACUGAGCUUGAUCUUUGGCUCCCUGCUGCCCUCCAUAAUCAUCCUAGUGUGUUACCCACUGGCUGCGAGGCGCAUUUCAAUGAUAAGGACUAAAACAGCCCAAAAAGCCGUGAGGGUCAUUUACACCAUCCUGGCUAUAACGCUGCUUUGCUUCCUGCCCAACCAUGUGGUGUACCUGCUGCACCUCCUUCGGCGCUUGGAUGUUAUCAAGAGGUGCUCCUCUGUCAACGCCAUCUACAACGCCAGGCGGGUCACGAUGGCGCUUGUCACCCUCAACACAUGCCUGGACCCCGUGCUUUACUACGUCACCACCAGCCACUGCAAAUGGAAGCCCUUAAAGAUGACAUGGCUGUGGGGAAGAGUCAGGAGGAGGAGAGGUGUUUAUACCAUUGCAGGGAGCUGA